UGAUCAAUGUGUCUAAGUUACGGUUUGCCCCGCUUGUUCCGCUAUACAUCAGUUUGGUGAGUGUAAUUUGUAUAAAUACUAUUUGUCUCGUGUUUGGUCGCAAAUGGAGAGACAAGGCUUAUCCUGACUUGACGACAAAUUUAUUCCUAAUAUAAAUUCAGAUGAGCAGGUUUCACUUGACACCGAUCGGCGUGUUCAUUAAUAUUUUCGUUGUUCAGCUUUUUAUUUGGUAGCCGCAAAAAUAGAUCGUAUGUAAUAUUCAACAUACAAUAGAACACAAUAAUCCUCCCAAUUCAUGGCAUUGCUUAGAUUUGCUGUCAUUUUCGAAGUAGUAACGGAGAGUGAUUAUACUACAUACUCCAGUAAAUAGUUCGUAUUUUAUAGUUUGGUAUGAAAAACUAACCUUAAUGUAUUUAUAGUGUGUAGGAUUUGAUCUUGGUUUCGGUCGUUAUUAAUAGGAAUGAUAGCCCGCUCGACUAUGACAACCUCUUGAGUUUAUUUUUCACUGAAGAUCUGAUUUCUCCUUAAAAGCGCCCACUGGUGAAACUGGUACCAGUCGCCGACCACUGGAUGGGAAAAACGGGACCCUAACCGAAGCUUGGUUUUAGAACCUUAUUGCGGUGGCCUCCAACAUGAUUAUUUUUGCAGAGAGUAGAAGGAAAAAACUUGUUUCUGCACACUGAACACUCGGGUAUGUUCGCAUCCGCAAUAUAACGUGAACUUUCUGCUUGGAUGCGAAAUUCAAUGUAGGGUCUCCCGUGGGUGUAGCACAAUACCUGAAGCAUAUAUUAGUCAAAAUGGUUGAAUGUUCAGCAAAACAACGAUUACUCUCAAAAGUCUGAAAGCUGUUGAAUAGUAGUGCGCAGUUGUUUCCAAGUCAUAACUAACUAUUACUCCCAGAUCUUCUUGUUUCUGCACACGUGGAAGCUACUCACCGUUGAUCCUUAUGCUGGUAACCAUUGCCGUGUCCAGUGUGGAUUAGUGAACUAUUUCCAUCGUUCGUCUCGAAACCUAAAAUUCGGAAUCAUUUAACUAAUCCGUAUAAAUUUGUUAGGAGAUUACGAUUAUCAGUCUCAUUACGUGUUCUCCAAACUUUGACACCAUCUAUGGACAACAAUGUCGGUAGCUUAAGCAGUUUUGGUAAUCCAUUGACUCAGAGAAGAAAUUGUGGACCUAAGAUGUUACUUUGGUGUAUACCACUUCUAAAUGGUUUCCAUACAUAUGAUGUCUUAGCAACAGGAUCGGUGAGAAAAGCUGAGGUAUUUUAGGUUAUCCUUGUAUUUACAACCCUCUGAGCUCAUUCCAACACGUACGUUUCACAUUUCAUACUAGAAUUCCUCGCUUUACUUUCGUAUUCUAAACGUGGUGGGCGACAAGAUAUAACAGGUAUUCCUGUCUAGUCUUCAAAAUAGCUUUGAAAGGUCCCCAAAAAAUCCGCAAGUCUUAAGCACCUGCUGCUUUGUUAUCACCCUUAAAUUUGAGACCACCGUUUACUGUGACUCGUAAAUCCUUACAGUUACCAAUGUUAUGUAAAUGGAUUUGAUUUCCGAUGUAAUUAUGCAAACGAUGUGCAUUACAGUACUUGUGCUAUUACUUGUCCUCAACGACCACCAAAUCGUCCACUCAUCCAGAGGGUUCAUAUCAACUUUUAACCCUAUUUUAUCAUUAUUGUAUUCUAAAACUCUCAGAUGUAAGUUAUUAAUAGCUUGCCUCGAUCUUCGAGUUUCAUUUAGUAUGGAUUUUGGGUUAUUGUGAAGAACACUGAGCAACAAGGUUAUCUUUAUAAUUUUGUGGGUGUUGCUGCUUUAGAUUGCUAAAUCAUUAUGAUAUUUCACUUAACGUGAGCGCACUCAAUUUAUUGUGCAGCAGUUUAAAUUAAUAUCGGUUUGACUAGUGCAUAUUACAGAACUUCACUUCGCUUGUAAUAAGAUAUUACUAUUGUUACCGUGUCUGUUUCUCCAUGCUCCAAUAUUCUAUACAAAGUCAUAGAAUAUGGUUUUUCCUCUUCAUUUUAAUUAUUCUGAUAAGUUUUGACUAAGGCAUUACUGAAUAUUUACUAUCUUAAUUUUAGCGUUGACAUAAUCAUUAGUAUCGUUUUGUGAUGAUAUUACUUCAUUUGAUGUACAAUUUGUGUUUGUCUAAUGUAUUCUGUGAAUAAAAUAGUUUUACUAUUAAAAGCAUUCUUUCUGUUUUAAAUUAUUUAUUAAUACUUGAUUUGAGUUUUUAAGCUAUAUCCAGUCACAUUGUUGAUGUAUUGUGCUACUGUGAAAAAAUCUAAGAUUCUAACAAUGUAUCAUUAAAGUUUUUCUGACUGCUUUGUGUAAAAUAUUCAAUGUUUGUAAUAUAAUAGAGUGGUUACAUGCAUGUAAAAUGUACAGUUAUUUGGCUGGUCUUCUGGUUUGUCGGAAUACAUAUACAAAUCCUGUUAGUUAGUAAGCUACAACGUAGGACCAGGUACAUAUAUGCAUCGGUCCAAAUUGUCACACCUCAUUAUCACAAGAUGAACACAAAAUUCAUAGAGGUGGUCACUUCACUUGUAGUUAUGUAUAAAAGAUUGUAAACAAGGAUAUAGUACAGGAAGAAAGAAUCAGUUUGUAGGAAUAAAUGUUUAAAGCAAUCUGAAUUUCACGGUUUAAGGGUAGACAAAGAUUGUAUAUACGAAUCCCAACCAAAGUACGGUUAGUUAAAAUAUAUCGAAUGGCUUUAGGUACACGGGCUACAGGUAUAGCUGAAUGUACACUUAACGCAAAGAAUUUAAUGACUGUCGGUAUUAUCUGUCGCAAGGUUCCAAUAUUUUAUUUGGAACAUGCCAAAAAUCUCUACAAACUUACAGGAACACUCAUCUGAGGAUUCCAUGUUAAGGUUGAAUUUGUGUCCCUCUAUAUUUCCAUUUUUUGAUUGACAUUUGAUUCAUCACCAUCCCUCCGCUUUAUUAUGUUAUCGUCUGUUACUGAUAAAUUCAAUUUAGUCGCCUUUACAAUGUUGUGUCCACAAAAACAGAAAUCUGGCAAUGAAAUUUUUGUAUUCUCAACUGUCUAUCCUGAGAAACUAGUCCAAGUUCCUAAAUUUGAUCAUGAAAUAAACUUUAAAAUGAUGAAAGUGAAGGCAGCUUGUAAGGUUACGAGUAACUUAUCAUCAGUUUUGGAUGAUUUUAAAAUAACAAAGCAAAGUAGCUAUUCGUUUAUUUCACCUAUUCAAAGAUUUAUGUAUACAAUUGCGUUUUACUUUGUCACUAAACGUUUUAAGUGAAUAGUGCUCUAAAAUAGGUUUCGCAAGUAACAGCGAGUGGAUUUGAGCUUUUAAACAGUAGACUCUUGUGCAUGUAUGUGCGUAAUAUCAUAUUUUAAUCUUCUUUUAAAGCGAAUUCGAAGAUAACUACGACAUAUUUUAUCUAAGACAGUAGACACAAUAUUAUUGAAACACCUGAGUAAUUUUCUUGGUCUGACUAGAGAAAUGGUUGUGCAUGUCAAUGAAAUAAUAUCAGCGAGAAGUAUUAUUUGUUGGAAUGUCUUUGUUUUUUAAACAAAACGUUCCAAGCAUCUGUCCAGCCACACAAUGGUGUUAAUUACCGCACAUCUCAUUCGAAAACGUGCAGAACACAAUGAUGGGGAGAUAUACUCCCUUGAAGAAGUGGCUUUACAUCAACAAAAUCUUGAAAGGAUUGAGCUUAUUGAGAACUUGUGUAAAAGCCUUAGAAUAUUAUAUCUACAAAAUAAUCUCAUUCCAAAAAUCGAAAAUCUAUCAAAGUUGAAAAAACUAGAAUAUUUGAAUUUAGCUCUAAAUAAUAUUGAAAAAGUGGAGAACUUAGAAGGUUGCGAAUCCUUAAAAAAGCUAGAUUUGACAGUAAAUUUUAUUGGGGACUUGUUUAGUAUUGAAUCUUUAGCUGUAAAAAAUUUGUUUAAUUUUCUUCUUAUAUGUGUUGUAGUUAUUUAACUGGAAAUCCGUGCACAGAAUAUCCAGGGUAUAGAGAAUUUGUGAUUGCUACGUUACCGCAAUUAAAAUUGCUAGAUGGAGUGGAAAUAACUAAAUCGGAACGCAUUGUCGCAUUGCAAAACUUGGAACGUAUUCGUCCAGUCAUAGAAGAAAAACAAAGAGAGCACGGAUUGAAAAGAAAUUCUGAAAAGGUCGAAGCAGUACGAAGAAAAGAAAGAUUCGCCAAGGCAAAUACAGAUUCCAGUUACACAACUAUGGGUUUAGAAGAAUAUUGGUCUGAAAAAGUUCCUUACACACCCGAAUCACGAAUUGAAACACAUGAAUAUAUGCAACAAAAAGAAAAAUCAAGACAAGAAACAAAAAACUCAAGGAUAGAACCGCGAGUAAUCACAAAAUAUUUUGCCGAAGACGGCCGACCAUACAAUAUCAACACAGCUAAGAUAGAGUUCAACCUCAAGGAAGAUAUAUUAGACGAUCACGAUGUCUACAUACUCGAUGUUGCUGUAUAUAAGCAUAUGGAUACAGCUUUGAUAAAAUGCGACAUACAAGUCAAUUACGUUCGAGUAACACUUAAAAGAAAGGUUUUCCAACUAGCUUUACCAGAUGAAGUUAGAGCCGAUGCUUCACAUGUUAAGCGUUCUUUAACGACAGGACAUUUGCUGAUUACUAUGCCAAAGGCAUCUCGGGAAAUCAGAAUAUCGGCAAAUAAUGAACAUAAAAGUUCUCACGAAAAAACCAACAAAACAAAUCAUAUUUUUGUUCAGGAUUUUAAUAAGCCAAACGCUACUUUUAGUGAACUCUCUGGAAACAAUUCAUCAAAAUGUAAGAAAUCGCUUCUUCACAUCAAAAAACAAUCGACGACCCCAAGAAUGUACAACGAAUAUAUUGAAGACUGUUCAGACGUUCCACCGCUUAUUUGA